AUGAGAGUCUGCAAUCGAAUUGGAAAUGGACGCUUCACAUUUCGAGGGAAGGAGUAUAGUCUUCCUAUCAAUAAUCCACCACAUAAUUUGCAUAGUGGACCGCAAGGACUGGCUCUGAAAGAAUGGGAAGUGAUACGGCGAACACCGACUUCUGUAACCUUCCGAAUAAGGACAGAUGAAGAGCAAGAUGGUUUACCCGGAGAUGCGCACAUUGACGUAACAUAUACUGUCAAUGACCGUAACCAACUGGUUAUCGAACAUGGUGCUACUUGCCACAACCCUGGCGUCCUGAACCUUACAAACCACAUUUACUGGAAUCUCGAUGGAAGCAAAUCUGUAAGAGAUCACCUUAUGCAUGUUGACGCUGAUAAAUACCUGCCGACCGAUUCUAAUGACUAUCCGACAGGUAAUUCGCAUCAAUUCGACCUGGAUUAUUGUACUUUCUGUUCAUGGUAAAC